AUGGCGUCCAGCUCGGCUACCGUCUCUGGUCCUCGUGUGCAAGCAGGCCGUCCGCUUGGGAAGGAGAUUCUGCUCCGUGUUGAUGUUGACGGGGUAAAUGGCCUACCUCUCAAGAAGGCGGGACGCUCCCUGUCCUAUCGAGUUUACUUUGAGGCUCUCUCGGAUGGAGGCUCGCGUGAUAUACGUACCUCAAGAGCGCAUGAAGGUCAUGGAUCGCUUCAGGGGACGGUGCAAUGGAACGAAACUAUCCACAUCCGCUGUUUGAAAUUGUCUUAUAUCCGCGUCUCUCUGUAUUACUUCAAGGCCGAUACAGAUGGUGGCUUUCCUGUCACCUACGACGCGAGCAUGUCCGUCGUUGACUUCAUCUCCGCCAUUAAGAUACCAAUGAUGACUUACACUGAGCCGAAGUCGGGUGAUCACCCAUGCAACUUGUUUCUUUCCGUCACCGAAACUAUGUCCAAGGGCGAGGAAGAGACUUGCGAUCUGAGUACUUCAUGUCUACAGGCCCAGCAUGACCGGUGUCACAUUGAUCCGAGGGUGCCGAUUGGCGUAUGGAGUACUGCAUUCAGUCAGACGUCACUAUUACUUGACACUGUUUGUCGGUGGAACUGGGGUAGGGAGGUAAUCCCGACACCUUUCUGGGUGGGCCUUCGGGCUCAAGGCUGGCUCUACAUGGCAUACCGAGAUCGUUACAGUGGCAUGGAAGGAAAUGAUCAGCUCGACAAAGAUCUAGGGAGAGUCUUUGCGUGCAUGCAAGAGUCUAUGAAUGUGAUUCAACAACCUGUCGCACGUACGCGCGAGCCAAGUAAGCGCUAUUAUAUAAAGUGGACUAUUCUUGCGGUGUAUAGCGGGAUGCAACACAUACGCGAGGAUUUCAUCGGAGAUUGGCAGAAGGAGCAUAAAACAUACGUGGCAGAAAUGGUGAGGCUUGCCUGGAUCAUCGUCACACCAAAUCCACCUGCAACAGCCACCGACACUUCAACGACGAUAGCUAAAGACACGCUCCUCCUCGUUCUGGAUGCCAUCGUACAAUCUUCGGACGCAUUUCCUCCGCUGAAGAGCGCAGCCAGCGGCCUGCUCUUCUUCGCUACCUGUGCGGACACGACGUGCGGCAACAAGAAGCAGAUGCGUGACAUAUACAAGCGGAUUCACGGCUUGGCUGCCUCGCUCAAACGCGGUACUAAGGAGGGGAGCCGGAUCACCCCCGAACAUCAGGAUGCCAUCGAAGUUCUUGCAGCAGAUAUCGAAGCCUUGAAGGGCGAUCUGGAGGGCAUCAUCUCCGAACGCAAGAGCCGCUUCAAACGGUUCUUCUCGGCCAGACGACACCGCGAAGAGCUCAAGGACGUCGUGGAACAGCUCGAGACCUCCAAGUCAAACUAUACUACUGCAUUGGCCACGUUGAACGCCAUGACGAUCGCCGAGGUCAACAGCGAGGUGAGGGCGAUCGCGCUCGUCCUGGACGCGCGCCCGAUGUACAUGCCCGGUACGCGUCGUGCACAAGAUGUCACAUUUCCUAGUGGCCCGAGCCGGUUUGGGGAGGUUUGA